AUGGAAUCAGUAUUUGGUCUUCCGUCUGACCUUGGAGGAGAGGGAUCCGGACAAUUCGAGGCCGCAGUUCGCGUUAAUUUUGACGAAGACCAGCUUGCUUGCUCUGUAGAAGGCGUUUCCCUCCCAAUUGGCAAUGAAGUCGAAGAUACUGUGUGCGUCGCUGGAGGGUGCGCCAUCUCGGAAGUCACAGACAAAAGCGCGCUUGUCACUUGGGGGGCUUGUAUUGUCCGGCCGAAUACCCGUGUUGCCGAAAAUCAGGCUCUUACAGAUGCCGAGUGUCUUCCUGCUAAAGGUGCUAUAAGGUUUGCGAGAUUCCAUGACACAGAAGACUGCAGGGGCACGGAAACCGUCACGCAGCCGACUGUUGGUGGACGAAGCACCACUGACUUUUCUCCUAAUGACGGUGACGGUAUUUUACAUGGCGGCAUCAUUACUAGAUGCAGCACUGUUAGCAAAGUUUAA